AUGAAGGUCGCAGAAGCACUGCUGAAUCCUCUGGGUGAAGACGAUGACGACUUCGAAUGCAAUUUCCUUAUCGACAAGAAUAUUGCGACGGGUCUCGCAAUUGUCGACGAGACGUACGACAAAUGCCCGGAGCUUAUGAUGGACCGAUUCAAAGAUCCAAAUUAUGUUCCGGUUUAUUCAGAAGACAGCAAGAAUCAUGGCCAUGAUGGAGUACUGGUUGGCUCGGCCGAAGGCAUCAAUCCGCGCAACGUUCCCAUACAACCAGUACACCUAAGCAGCGCAACGCCGGUUUUCAGCCCGAAUCCGCAACGUCCAUAUACCGCAUUCGACCUAUCUGACGGUUUCACCUCAUCACCUCAGCUGUACUGUGGUCCACAUUUGGGAAAGGUGGACGAGGAAAUGGAUAAAUCGCGAACGGAUUCCGUAAAGAGUACGGUGGAAAGUGUGGAUGAAAAUGAGAUUCCGGAACUGUUCAGAAAGGAGCUUAACGGUAGCACAAAAUCAAACCAAAAAGAUGUUAAUGGAGAGCCUAAGUGA